AUGUUCAAGCUUGCCGUCCUCGCCCUCUGCAUCGCCGCCGCCUCGGCUGGCUUCAUCGGCGCCCCCGUGGCCGCCCCCGUGGCCUACGCCGCCGCCCCCGUGGCCCACGCGCCCCUGGCCUACGCUGCCGCCCCCGUGGCGUACGCCGCCCCCGCCCCCAUCGUCAAGACCGUGGUGCCCGCCGCCACCUCCUACCAGAACACCUACAAGAUCUCCCGCUCCGCCGUGGCCGUCGCCCCCGCCGUCCUCGCCCUCUGCAUCGCCGCCGCCUCGGCUGGCUUCAUCGGCGCCCCCGUGGCCGCCCCCGUGGCCUACGCCGCCGCCCCCGUGGCCCACGCGCCCCUGGCCUACGCUGCCGCCCCCGUGGCGUACGCCGCCCCCGCCCCCAUCGUCAAGACCGUGGUGCCCGCCGCCACCUCCUACCAGAACACCUACAAGAUCUCCCGCUCCGCCGUGGCCGUCGCCCCCGCCGUCCUCGCCCUCUGCAUCGCCGCCGCCUCGGCUGGCUUCAUCGGCGCCCCCGUGGCCGCCCCCGUGGCCUACGCCGCCGCCCCCGUGGCCCACGCGCCCCUGGCCUACGCUGCCGCCCCCGUGGCGUACGCCGCCCCCGCCCCCAUCGUCAAGACCGUGGUGCCCGCCGCCACCUCCUACCAGAACACCUACAAGAUCUCCCGCUCCGCCGUGGCCGUCGCCCCCCACGAAGGCAAGACAUUCUCUGGAAAAUAUGGUGAUUUUGGUUUACCCACUCUUUUCUCAUGA